AUGUGCUUGACUGACGAUUUUGAGAGCGGGGCUCGCGAGCAGCUUUUGACGGAGAUCAUGGUGAUGACGGCCCUGUGCCAUCCCAACGUUCUGCGCCUGCUCGGAGUGGCCGUGAUGAAGCAGCAAAUCGCCAUGGUCUCUGAGUUCGUCCCGGGUGGAGAUGUUUCACAGCGAAUAAAAAAUGCAGCCAAAGGCAUGGAGCCCUUCCCUUGGAAGGACCGGCUGCGCAUUGCGAGGGGAAGUCUUGAGGGGCUGGCAGCGAUCCACAGGGAGGGAUUCAUCCACCGCGACUUCAAAGCUGCCAAUGUGCUUCUGACGAAGACGCUCGUUCCCAAGGUGGCGGAUUUCGGAUUGGCCAAGACAUGCCAGGACAGGACACAUGUCACGACGCGUGUGGCUGGGUCGAUUGGCUACAUGGACCCUGCUUACUUUGAAAGAGGUUUCUUAACAACGCAUUGCGACACGUAUGCCUUUGGCAUUUUCCUGCUAGAGCUUGUCUCCGGGCGCGGUGUGCUGGAUGAGUCGUUUUCAGGACUGAGGGAACUCCUGCAGGAUCUAACGUUCAGGGAAUACGACGAGUUGAUUGACAGGAAUCUGGAGGGGCAAUGGACGGAGGAGCAAGCGGAGGUUCUGGUGGGCAUGAUGCGAGAUGCGAUUCAGAGUGACUGGGCUGAUCGACCCACUACGGAACAGAUGCUGGUGAAGUGGAGGGAUAAUCUGGAUCUAGAGUGA